GCGGGACGAAGCGGCGCACAGGAGGAGUGACAGGCAGGCAGCCGCACCAGGAUAGAACUACAUCUACCCUGACUACCACUACUACUACAACUACUACUGCCACCACCAGAGACCGUCUCACCACCAUCUCCAGCAGGACCUUCCCGUUCUUAGUGGGAGACAAACAGCUCAUCAUCGCUGAAGUCAUAAUUAAAUGGUUUGGUGCUAAGAAAAUGCAUCCUCCCAUCAGCAGAGAUGCUCAAAGCUGACUCUAAACAUCCAAACAUCAAUAACCUGAACACAAUCACACAAUCUUCUCAAUCAAUCAUGUCCAAAGACGACUCGUGCAAAGUGACGUCUGCCAGCAAACACAAAGAGCGCAAGCCCAAAAAGCCCCACUAUAUCCCUCGGCCAUGGGGCAAGCCCUACAACUACAAGUGUUUCCAGUGCCCCUUCACCUGUAUGGAGAAGUCCCACCUGUACAACCACAUGAAGUACAGCCUCUGCAAGAACUCCCUGUCCCUGCUCAUCGAGUCCGACUGGCCUUAUAAGAAGGGCAACAUCCUGCAUCCGGACCAGCUGAGAACGUUCCAGCAGGGCCUCCACGCUGCUGGCAAAGAUGCACAAGAGCUGGUAACACGGACAGAGGAGAGGCAGCAGAGGAACGUGGAGGAGGAAGGUGAGGAUCGGGAGAGCAGGGGACAAGAGGAGGAGGAGGGAGCGGAGGUGACGGCAUUAGUGAAAGAGACGUGCACUAGAGGGGACGCUGCAGAGAGCAGAAUGAAAAGCAAGGCAGAUUCAGAGUUGCUGAUGUCCGACAUGCUAUCCCUGGAGGACCAGCUCCUGCGAGCACGCUCCGUGGAGGUGGAGGCCCAGUUGAAGCACUACAAGCUAACAAAGGCGUGCAUGACGACUCCAGGGCUGCUCUCAGACCAGUGGCGCCUGCUGACCUCUACCAAGACCAAAGCUGAAGGUGCUCAGAGUCGUGUCAGUAGCUCAAUCCCGUGUUACCCUCCUCCCCCAAACCUGGUGGACUACCAGGAUCCAGCGGGGAUCAACCUCUCGGUGCUUGGGGUGGGCUACCCCAUCAGUCCGAGCCUUUUCUCCUACAUAAACUCGGCGCUUCCCGCCACAAGCGUCACCGCUCAGACUCACGCACAGCUCGCUCAGCUCCCUUUCCUGGCGUCGGCAGCUCAGCUGAUUCACCCGGCCUCCAGCAGCCACUCGGACAGAACUCUCCUUCCUCCGAGGCUCUACUACCCGUUCCUGUGUGAGCACAGCUUCGGAACGGCCUCCAGUCAGAGUGACAUCACCAAAGUACCCAAAACAUCCACUCUAGAUACCUUUUCCUUGUCUGGCUUCCAGCCCAAAGCUAAUCUGUGGAAAGUGCCUGCUUUGAGGCCCGGGGUCACCACCGUCUCCCAGGGUGGUCGCGUGUCCCCUCAGGGGGGUUCUCCAGACCUACAGGGCUACAGUUUGGGGGAUAAAGUGGAAGGUAAACCGGGCUUGAGCCUCAAAAGGACAGCAGCCCCCUUAAUGAAUCAUGAGGCCACCAUGGAGAAGAAACCAACUAUGGGCUUCCCUUUGGACCUUCUGAAGAACAUCAAGGCAGCUUCUACACUAAAUAUGGCACCAGAGAAGCUUCUACUCCAUGGCAGUUCACAGACAAGAUCAUCAGAACCUUUAUACAUGGAUCAUCUCAACAGUCCAAGAAGUGAAACAUCCUCUCGGUCUACUUCUGGGGGGCUCAGCAGCCAGAACCCAACAACAGCCCAUCCAAUCGGGGAGGAGACCUCUGAGUCAGUGGCUGUCCUCCUUAGUGACCUCUCCAAGGCGUUACAAGAGUACCAGGAGGCAGAGCGCAAAAUCUCCCACCUGGAGAAGGAGGAGCUUCCCGUGCAGCACCAUCUUUGGGAGCACCUGACUAAAAUCCGCAAUGAGCUCUCACACAUCCACGUAGCGCUGGAGCACACGGCCCGCCAGAGUGAUGGGCCUCUGGAUCUUUCCUUCAAGAGAGGAGAGCAGGAUGUGGGACUUAAGGACAACACCACAGAAACCAAGGAGGAGGAAGAUGAGGAUGGGAAGGAAGACGAGGAGGAGGAGAGGAAGGCCAUGAUGCUGGAGACCCGUAAGCAAUCAUUAGAGAUGCUCAUUAAGAUGAGUAACGCAGGAGCAUCAGUGAUGAACACAGAGGUCCUGGCUCAGGGUGCCCUCAGCAUCAGGCACAGUCCAGCCGAGGCCUUAUGGCCCAACAGAACCACAAAGUGCGAGGCGGAUUCCAGCGUACUCCUCUGCCCUGAUGGCAGGUCUGUCAUGUUUGCUGACAUUCCCUCCUCCUCCAAAGUGGCCAAAAGACCUCCAUCCAUACAGCGAGUGGAAGGGCAAUGUCCCCCCAGCCCUUUGACAGCUACUGAGAAUUAAAAGAACACGUCUUUUGCUUUUUCUCACAAAAACUUUUCCAAAGCACCUUUUCCAAAAAGAGAAUGAUCUCACACAUGCACUAUGAAUAUCGAUUGUCACCACUUUGAUUGGAAACCUUCAACUUGACAAUCAGUCAUGAUAUCAAAUCAUUGUAUAGUGUUUCAAAGGCUCAAUGCUUUUAUAAAGAUGUUUGUCUUUGAUGUAUUGGAAAAUAAAAUGUAUUAUACACACGGGAUUUCUU